AUGAAGAAGAGAUUAGUUUCCAAACACCAGCAGUCAUGGCUGUGUCUGUGCAGAGUUUAUUGGAGGAUAUCUCCAGCAUCGAGGACCCCAUUGAAGAGCUACAGAGUUUAAAAACAGCCCUGUUGUCGAUACCAGUCGGAGCUUUAAGGGACUCUGUGAGCGGCCAGCGCCUGGACGUGAUCUUCGCCCUGCUCGACUCUAAUGAGAGGGAGCAGGUUGAACUGUGUGUUGACAUCCUGGAACGGAUCCUAACAGCACUCCGCCCGUCGUAUGUGGUCCAGAACUACAGAUCGGAGCUGCAGAGGGGUUUGACCCAUCCAAAUGACACAGUUAAGAUACUGGCCUUGACACAGAUUGCCAGAGCGGUCAGGGACCCGGAUGCUGGAACUGAAAUCUUAAACAACCACGGCAUCCUGCACCAGGUGAUUCUGUGCAUCAAAGAGGAGAAGAUGGCAGUGGCAAAACAGGCAAUCCAAACCUUAUCUAAACUGAGUCACUCAAAGUCUGGAUUAGACAAGUUAUUCCAGAGUGAUAUGCUGAAAGUAAUGAAGGAUGUGAUGGCCACAAGCGACAUAAUCAGAUACAGAAUAUAUGAGCUGGUGGUGGAAAUCUCAUCCGUUUCACCAAUUUCUCUUGGUUAUUGUGCAAACAGUGGCCUCAUUUCUCAGCUGCUCAAUGAGCUGACUGGUGAUGAUGUCUUGAUCAGAGCCACAGCUAUAGAGAUGGUGACUUCUAUGGCUGACAGUCAGCACGGGCGGCAGUAUUUAGCUCAGCAAGGUAUAAUGGAUAAGAUUUCUAACAUGAUCAGAGGAGCAGAGCUGGACCCAUUCUCAUCCCUCUACCUACCCGGUUUGGUGAAGUUCUUUGGAAACCUGGCCAUUAUUGAUAGUCCACAGCAAGUUUGUGAAUCCUACCCAGCCUUCCAGAACAAGGUGUUUGAGAUGGCUCUGGAUCCAGACCCUGCCAUGGCCGGGGUGGCCCUGGACACUUUAGGGUUACUCGGAGCCACGGUGGAGGGGAAGCAGGUCUUUCAGAAGACUGGAGAGACGUUUAGGGAUGUGUUGAAAAAAAUGAGCCAGCUUGCCAGUUCUGGAGCUACUGAGCUCAGAGUUCGUAGCUUGGAUGCCAUAUCGCAACUUCUCACCCUCCAGCCAGAGCAGCAAACAGAAGACCUGUUGGCACUGACAGAGUCCUGGUUCCAGCUUUUGUCGAAGCAGCCGAUGGAGAUGAUUCGCGACAUCAGCACUCAGCCGUUUCCAGAGCUGUACUGUGGAGCUUUGCGGAUAUUUAUUGCUGUUGCCACUCAGCCGUGGGGUCAGAAGCAGAUGAUGAGAACUCCCGGAUUCAUGGAGUUCAUUUUGGAUCGCUCAACCGGUCAGACAAAAGAGGCCAAAGAUGCCAAAUUUGAACUGGUUGGGGCGUUUGUUGGUUCAUCGACAGCAGCACAGACACUAGGGAGUCAACAUUACAUCCGUCUGAAGACCUACCUCAAAGAAGGACCUUAUUAUGUUUCAGCUGUCGCCGCAGUCAGCACAGAAGGGGCAGAGUGAUUUCAAAUUGAAACAGGCACAGGCAAAGAGCUCUAAUUAUUGCUUAAGUAAAAGGAUAAGUGCUGAGUUAUAUAUCUUUGGUUAAACGUGUUGUGCUCUGGAAUAAAUGUGCUUUAUUCCAACUAACUGGUAAAGAUUUGCAGUUUGCAAAAUAAACACGGAUAUAUUCAGAGUAGGAUUUGGAAAAACAAUAUUUAUUGGUAAAGUUUCCUGUUCAGUCUCAUGAACAUUUUGUUAUAAAUGUGCUCAAGCCUAAUCUUUUUAAUUGAAUAAGUCACCACAUUACACACUGGAUGAGAAGUUUAAAAAAAAAAAAAAAAAAAAAAAAACUAGUCAAAGAAGAUGUGAGGGUUCAUUUUAAAACAUGUGGAUCUGCAGUGCAUGUAAAUGUAUUGUUAUGCAAUACAUAAAUCCAUGGGUAAACUUUACCUGGAGGGGUCUCCUUUAAAGUCCUUGUAACACUCAAGAUGAUCUUUCUUAAAGGAUUUGUGCAAAAAAAAAAAUCAGACAUUGUGCCAUAAUUGCACGCAUAUCUGUGCAUUUUACAACAAGAAUUUAGCAGACCACAAGCUGUUAAAUCUUUUUUUUGUCCUUUUUCUAAGCAAUAAUUAAAGAGCCUUACACAAUAUAAAAUAUUACCUUCAACUGUUUAUCAUCUGGCAUUUGUACAAAUGUAUUUCAUAUUUCAUUCCAAACUGAAUUUAAAUAAAAAUGCAGUCUCAUUGAUGCAACAUUACACAACAUAUGUUUUAAUAUUU